GAUGUAAUAAAAACUGUGGAUACCCAUUCCACACGAUUUAAACAUUUAAAAUGAAAAGGCUUACAUCUAGGGGGAGUUUACAAAAGAAAAUGGGAAGGUUAGAGUCCUCUAUGGCUAUGAUUAAUACAUUCUCUCUUCUAAAGUAAUUAAUUAAUGAGUUAUAAUAGAGAGCCUCCCAACCUAAAAAAUGCUUAAAACUUGAAUUCGAUGUCAAAUUUGAAAUAUUGAGAAGGCCUAUUCCAAAAAAGGACAAGGAAGACGAUAGCUUAGGUCCCAUAAUAGGAUUGCAAUUGUUAAGAGACUACAAUGAGAAUAUGGUUAAAUUGAGACUUAAUGCAGAAGCUCAGCAAAUCAUUGAAUGGAGAUACUAUCUAGGAGGAAGAAUCAACUAAUGGUAAUUUCAUAACAUGUUCAGAGUCUAUAAAAAAAUUGGGAAGGGAAAUUUUGCAUCUGUAAAAACUUCUAACUUAUUAUAGGUUUAUUAAGCGGAGAGAAUCGAAGAUAAUUAAUCUAUGGCAAUAAAAGCAUUUGCCAAAUCGACAACUUAUAGAGAAGAAAAUGGGAAAAAUGCAAUUAUAAAUGAAUUGAAGAUAAUGAGGUAAUUAAAUAAUACGCAUUUAAUGAAAUUAUAUGAAGUCUAUGAAACUAAUAAUUCUUUAUAUUUAGCUCUGGAACUCUUAGAGGGAGGAUCAUUAUAUGAUUUAAUCAAAGAUAAGGUUCCAAUCAAUCUGAAGUAAAUUUAACAGAUAAUCGUGGGAAUUCUGUUAGGCCUACAAGAGAUGCAUCACAAAGAGAUUAUGCAUAGAGAUUUGAAACUAGAGAAUAUACUAUUCAAAAAGCCAAAGUAUAUGUUUAACUAUUCUAUCAAGUAAGAUGGAAUCAGUUGUAAUAGCUGAUUUUGGAUUGGCAACCUAUGUAAACGAGCCAGAGUAUCUAUAUUGCAGAUGUGGAACUCCAGGGUUUGUGGCCCCAGAGGUAAUCAAUCUUAAAGAUAUGAAAUCUAAAUAUUCUUCUGUCUGUGACAUUUAUAGUCUUGGAUUAGUAUUUUAUCUAUUGCUUACUGGAAAAUCUGCUUUUAAUGGAAAAAGCUAUUCUACAGUAGUAAAAUAGAAUAGAGAAGCUAAUAUCAAUUUCGAUAUCAAAUAGUUAUAGAAUGCACCUGGAUAUGUUAUAGAUUUACUUAAAUAAAUGCUUGAGAAAGAUCCAAAAAAGAGAGUCAAUGUUGAAAGAUGUCUGAAUCAUAUAUGUUUGUAUGAUACAGCUAGAUAAAUGAUUGAAGAUGAAAACCAAGAGGACAGUUUGGAUGAGAUUGACGAAAAAAUUCAUAUUUAAUCAAUGAAUGAUAAGUAUCAUUUAUUAUUAUUCUAGUAAUUCGUAGUUUGAUUUAACGAAAAGUGUUUACUCUCCUUCCUAAUCACCGGGAUUAGUCUAAUCUCCUGGAUUAGUGUUGUAGAAGUAGAUUAAACAAUAAAAACAAAUCGAUUCGUAAAAGGCUGUAGUCGCCGAUUCGCCUUUAAUAAAAAGAAAAAUUGAGUCUGUUGAUAGUGCAAAGACUAUAGGAACUCCAACCAAAAAAAGUAGUGUAUUUUCACCAUCACCCCAAUUAAAACCAUCUAAAUUUUCGAAGCAAACUCAAAACAAUCCAUUAUUAAAGUAUGCUAAAAAAGAUUGAAUAAAA